AUGCAUGCCAUCACACCAGAAGCACCAAAUGACCUUGUGUGCGUUGAUCAUUAUGGCCCUCUGCUGAAGGGACAGUUUGGGCAGCAGUUUAUUUUCGUUGUUGUGGAUGCAUUUACUAAACAUGUCAGGCUUUAUGCCACAAACUGCACCACAAUGAAAAGCUGUGUAAACAUUUUGAUGGAAGAUUAUGUGCGCACAUGUGGGAAGCCCAAGAGUCCUCUCAGACCAUGCCCAAUUUUCACAUCUCCGAGGUGGAAGGCAGGAUUAGAAAAGGAAGGGAUCAAAGUGACAGUCUCCUUAAUUAGCAACCCUCAAUCUAACCCUGCAGAACAAUAA